AUGGAUAACUGCGUAACAAAGCGCAAACACGGCGACGCAAAGCACCGCGCUCCUCGGGCAAACCAGCUCCUCGCUGCAACAUCUGCGUCGUGGAUCAUCGGGGAGCGGAUGUUGUCAAAUCGGUCGAUACGAAUCCCCACGGGAGAGAUACGCAGCCCAUUUCCAAGAUGCGCACCUACCCUCCUCCUUGUCCACCGACUGAGGCAUCGGCGCUGCUGUGGACAGCAGAGGUGGGAAAUGAUGAAAACAAGCCACCGUGGGCAGAAAACGCGAGAAUAUCGUACGACGGAAACAGCGGCACAGCUGAUUGGACAGACCGGCUUUUAUCAGCUGUGCGUGCUGCGCGAGGAGGAUCAAUAG